AUGAAACUUGAGUUUUCCAAUGGUUUCGAGGAUUUGGCAUUUGUUCUGAGGUAUUUCUGCAGAGAUGCUAGCUUGGAAAAUGUAGACAGUGGGGUGAGACUUUUCAGCGGAGAUGAUAAGCAUGAGGGCUUGGAUGAUGUGCUGAGUGCUUUAUAUAAGAUGUUUGAGAAAAAUCAUGAUCACAAGAAGAUCAAAGAAACGAAAAAAUUGAGAGAGAAUCCAGAGGUGAGAAAGGCGGAUGUGAGUAUAUCGAGCUUGGUGUCGUUUUAUGGGCUUUAUUCCCAAAUGAUCACGCAAGGGAUCCUGAAGAAUAAGCCGUUUAUUGACCAGAUGGUAGAGAAGAUUGCGCCAUGCAUGAAACUAGAUCCUGAUUUUCAAUUGCUUGACAUACAGGUUGGUGAGAUAGUGAGCGUCGGAGAUGUUCAGGAUCUUGAUAAGCUUUAUUCUGAAGAAGUUAUUGGAAGAGAGAAAAUGCAAGUUCUAAGCGGGCUGAGGGAGCAUGUAAGGAAGGAGGAGCUACUAGGAAACAAAUUUCUCUUUGUUACAAAUAUGAAACCAGCCAAGUUCAAAGGACAGGUCUCUGAGGGAAUGAUUCUAUGUGCAAAGGGUAAAGACGGAAAGAUUGAACCUAUUAAAAUACAAAGUGAAAUAGGAAACGGGUCCAGACUGGAGUUGGAAGGAUUUGAAACAAUUCUCAAUGACUUUAAUUCUGGGAAGGUUGAUAUGAGGAAAAGUGGAUAUGCUCGUGCUUUAGAGUCAUUUAAGAUUGUAGACCAUUUUCUUACUUUUAAAGGAGUUAAGGUUACUUGUGGGGGAAAAUAUAUCAAGACCAACACACCGGAUGGCCUAGUAAGCUAA